AUGCACGUGUUAUUAACUAAUGAUGAUGGACCAUUGAAUGAUAAACUGUGUCCAUAUAUGAAAUAUUUAGUUGAUGAAAUAAUCACUAAUACAAAUUGGGAUCUUUCAAUAGUUGUACCAGAUCAACAAAGAUCAUGGAUUGGUAAAGCACAUUUUGCUGGUAAAACAUUAACUUCAAGUUAUAUUUAUACUAAAAUAUCAACAUUAGAACCAAAUGAUAAAAUCAAUUCAUUUGAAGGUCCAUUUAAUCAUCCUGAACCAAAAUAUCAUAAUGAUAAACAAUAUCAAGAAUGGUGUUUAAUUAAUAGUACACCUGCUGCUUGUGCUGAUAUUGGAAUUCAUCAUUUAUAUUCAAAUACUAAACAAAAACCAAUUGAUUUAGUUAUUAGUGGUCCUAAUUUUGGGAAGAAUUCAAGUAAUUUGUACAUUUUAGCAAGUGGUACUGUUGGAGCAGCAAUGGAAGCUGUUACUCAUGGUAUAAAAUCAAUUGCUUUGAGUUAUGCAUUCAAUAAUUUAGAUCAUGAUUAUUAUAUUUUAAAAGAAGCUGCUAAAAUAUCAGUUAAAUUAAUUGAAAAAUUAUAUAUUAAAUUAAAAGAAUCUGAUGAAAUUGAUUUAUUUUCAAUCAAUAUUCCAUUAGUUGAUUCUUUAAAUAUUAAAUCAACUAAAAUAUCUUAUGCUCCAAUUUUACAAAAUUAUUGGAAAUCUAUUUAUUCUCCAAUGGAUGAACCUAAUGAAAAGGGGCAAUCACAAUUUUCAUGGACUCCUGAUUUUAAACAAGUUUAUAAAGAUGGAAUUAAGGAUAAAAACCAUACUGAUAGUAGAGUAUUGUUAGAAGAAGGUAUUAGUGUUACUCCUUUAAAGGCUGCUUUCAAAUUCAUUGAUCCAUUACAAGGUGAAAUUAAAUUAGAUGAACAUGAAGAAGUGGUGGAUAAUGAAAAGACUUUUUUGAUUACUAUUCCUGAAGAAUCAUACAUUUAUGAACCAUUAGUUGAACCAUUUAAAAAAUUGGGUUAUAAAAUCACAACUGAUAAAUCAGUUAUUGAAUCUUCUUCUGAAUCGCCUAUUUUCCAUUAUGGUGAUUAUGAAGAUAUUGAUAUUGAUUCAAUUGGUAUUAAUAAUAAUUAUUUCAUUCCUUCAUAUAUUUAUCGUAAAGCACUUAUAAGAAAACAUUAUUUGGCAAAUACUGUUCAUCAUUAUGUUACUAAAAAUCCACAAUCUAUAUUGAAAAAAGCUGUUCCUGAAAGUUAUCAAUUAGAAGUUGAUUAUGCUGAAUUUUUGGAUGAUGCAUUGGAUGAUGCUUAUGAAUUGAGAGAAGAAAUUAAUCAGGGUGAUAAAUUAUGGAUAUUAAAACCUAGCAUGAGUGAUAAAGGUCAAGGUAUUAGAAUUUUUAGAACCGUUGAUCAAUUACAAGAUAUCUUUAAUUCUUUUGAGGAAGGUAGUGAUGAUGAGGAGGAGGAAGAUGGUGAUAACAAUGGGAUUAUUUUAUCACAACUUCGUCAUUUCAUUGUUCAAGAAUAUAAAAGUGAUCCUUUGUUAUUAAAACCUUAUGAUAAUAAGAAGUUUCAUUUACGUACUUAUGUUGUAUGUCUAGGUGAUUUGAAAGUGUUUGUCUACAAGAAUAUUUUGACAUUAUUUGCUGGAUCUCCAUUUAAGUUACCAACUGAUGCUGAAGAAGAAGAAGAAGGUAUCUCAAUGGAGGGUCAUUUGACCAACACCUGUUUACAGGAAGGUGAUAAUCCAUUAGUUGUACCAUUCUGGAAAUUACAAGAUGUUUCAACUUCAGAGAAGACUGAAAUCUUUGAUCAAAUAUGUGACAUUGUCAAGGAGUUAUUUACUGCUGCUACAAGUGUUGACAAGAUGAAUUUCCAACCAAUGAAUAAUGCAAUUGAAAUCUUUGGUAUUGAUUUCUUAGUUAAUAGAGAUUCAAGUGUUAAUUUAUUAGAAGUCAAUUCAUAUCCUGAUUUCAAACAAACUGGAGAUGAUUUGAAAGAUGUCAUUUAUGAACUAUUUGAAAGAACAGUUGUUGAGUUGAUUGACCCAAUGGUUAGUAAAAAAGAUGUUACAGCCAUUGAAGAUAGUAAUUUAGUACAAGUGUUGUAA